UCUCUCAUCAGGCAUGGAAAUCACAAAGGAUCAUAAAGAUCGACCUCCAGCUUUACGUCGUUCACUUAGAAUAAAGAACAGAGACGAGAGAAGGCGACGUGAAGAAGUAGAGCGUAAAGAGUUUGAAGAACGUGGUGCUUUAAUACGGCUUCCAAAACGCCUUACUAAACUACCUGCUUGUAAAUCCGCUUCAACUGUCAUGCCUAAACGAAGAAAAGUUUUUCGUUAUAUAAGCCUUUCUCCUCAUGGCUCUACUAUCAAUCUCACAAACAUCCCUCUGGAUUUACUAAUUUAUAUGUUGGAAUUCCUUG